UAAUCUUGGUAACUGGGUUUGAAUUGUAAAAUGUAUUGAUUAAGAGAUAACGCAUUGUAAAUUGUACUUCAAAAUUUAGAUAAAAUACAAGGUAUAGCGUGUUUCUACACUUUUAGCAUUGCAUACCUCCAGUUGAUUGGGUUUCCUUUUUUCUAUGGUUCAUUUAACACUUAGUCCAACCCUUAUAAUAUGAAUCCUACUAACACCAACAGUUGUACUCAUAUGAAUCUUUCAUCCGUCGAUACGAUUGAUGCAGAAACACGAGGUUUCCGUGUUAGGACACUUCGAAUACUUGGUGGUACACAGAUAGGACUUGGAAUUGUAUGCGCUAUCUUGAGUUUAGUAGGCGUGAUUUUCGAUGGCGUAAGAAUGAACAAAAACUGUCCACAGAGCUACUCGUAUUACAAUCAAUACUCCGGCUCUUAUUAUGUUAAUGGAUAUAAUGGCUGUCACUACUGGCAAUCUUCAAUAUUAUUCGGGUACAAUAUGACAUGCUUGAUUUUUUCAGGAUGGUGCCUGCUUACUGGAUUAUUUCCCUUCUGCAUGAACAAGAAAAGAAGGAGUAGUUGGCGAUGCUUAAAAAUUGCGUUCAUGGUGUGCUGUAUCAUAGGAGCAGCGGUAUUCAUGCCAACGAUCUUCAGUCUUGGAAUAAUAGAAGCCAGUAUACGUGCUGAAAACGAGAGUGGUGGACUUGCAACUUUACCAUCUUUCUUGGCCUUGUUUGCUUUUAUAGAAAUGGUUGUUGCUAUUAUUUCCUCUGCUUAUUGUUGUUGUUGUACGUCAUGGGAUUCAUCUCAUCAAUUGAGAUAUGUUUAUGUAGCUACUGGUCAAAAUGGAAUUAUACAUAACAUGCCAGUUACACUUAAUACUGGUCAACUGCAAGGAUUUGCUUUACCAACGCAAAUGACGCAUGUGCAGUCAGGUAUGACUCCACAAUCACAAAAUCUACAAAACAUGCAUGCCUUUCAUGCACAGUUGGGACAUGCAACUCCUACAGAAUCAACACCCCCUGUGUAUCCGGCAUCUACAGCUAUGACAACAACUGAACAACAGGACCAAGCACUUGGAAACUGUUCAUCGCCUCCGCCAUACAAACAAUGAUUGACCCUAAAAAAGCUAUGAAACUCAUUCGCUGUGUAACAUCUCAUUACAAUAUAAUGUGUGAUCAUUGGAUAUAAAAACACAUCCAGCAUUUAAUUGAAAUAUUGU